AUGCCUCGCCGACAACCUCCCGGCCAUACGGUAAAGAAACAUAUGGACACACCUCGUCGGGUGCGGUUUUUUGAAGCUUUUGAGCGCAAGGGCGAGCGAACGGCGCGGGACAUCUUCAAAGACUUUGAUAUACACCCCAGCACCGGUUACAAGCUCCUCCACGAUCGUGAGCGUUACGGCGACCUUGCUGACCGCCGUGAGAAGUUCAGAAAGCAAAAACAACAGAUGCGCGGAACUCGCCAGGGCCCCAAGCCCAAAAGCUCCGAUGAACAGCUCCACGUGCCCGAGACUACCGUGAUAUCCAAUACCCAAGAAGCUCCAAUCGUUCACGGUAUCUCUGUGACACCGCUGACGCAAUGCGCUCACUGGCACUCCCCACUCGACAUCAUCGCCAUCAAGCACUUCUGCUGUCAAAAGUUCUACGCUUGCAUCAGCUGUCAUGAUGCCUGCGAAUCACACAUGUCUUUUGUCUGGCCUCUUGCGCGAAGAGAUGAGAGUGCGGUACUUUGCGGACAGUGCAAGCACAUUCUGACCAUUUCCGAAUACAUGGAGAGCGGAAGCAAAUGUACGCGAUGUGCAAGCGCAUUCAAUCCAGGGUGCAAGAACCAUUGGGCAUUGUACUUUGAGCUUAGCAAGGAGCUGUAG